AUGACGAGACUCGGUCCAUUGACCGCGCAGGCCCUGGGCCGCUCACCUUUUGACGAGGUUGUCGACGGCGAAGGCGAAGAUGACCCGCACGCGCCAACACAGCAGUACGAUAACCGCGGACGACCAGUCAAUCCCGAAACAAAACGAAUGAACCGCGACAUGGUUCGUUCCCACAACGAGGUGAUGCAGGUCAUUGGCGUCGCCGAGCCGGACAACACGCCGUCCACCGCCGAGGUCGACUCUGUGCGGCGGUACUUCAACUAUGAGGAUGCGGUGGGCACGCGGCUGCUGCGGUUUGGGCGUGCACUGGAGAUUGCCGGCGUCUGGGGUAUUAACGGCCUGCGACUGCGCAUCCUCCUGUACAAGCGGUACGCCGACAUCUCCUUCUUCGAGCUCUUUCAGUACGAGCGGAGUCAGCGGCCGAUAUCAUCCGCUCUUCUGACCGGUCUACCAACGUUCCUCGGCGGCCACGUCUUCAAAAUGGCCACCUACUGGUUCUACCCCUUCCCGAGGAAGAAUAAGUUUGUCAACACCGCCCUGUCGUACAUCAGGGUGCACCUACAGCUUUAUGUCUUCCUCCAGAGGCUGGACAUCAUUCCCUCUGCGAGAUGGUUUCCUUCGUUGAGCUUCUUCAUCCCAGGCUCGCCCUCGUCGCCGAUCGCAGCUCCGGCGCCGCCAAAGGACUUUAGUCCAUCGUCGCUGGCGCAAUACGCGGGUGCGUGGUGUGUGAACUCAAUCCCCUUUGUUUCGUAUGUCAUCUGGGGCCAAAUCUGGACCGAAGUCACAGGCCAUCUAUGGCAAGAGUUCUACGGAAGACUACCGAAUACGGUGCACCACCGGAAGCCUCCGCCGCCACCGCCGCCUCCACCGCCCGCAACAAUUCCGGAUACCCUGGAGCCUGUUCCCGACGUAGACCGUCAACAGCCCGAACCCCUCUCUGAGCACACGAGUGAGGAAAUUCUCGAAGACACCCCCCCGGAAGCGGAACCAAGCGAGACACCACCUGUGCAAGCGGUCCGCCGACCAAGCGCGUUCUCAGCUAGGGGAGACGACUAUGGCAGUGAUGAAGAAGAGGACGGAGGCGUCAGUGCGACUCUCAUCAGUUUCGACGUGGAAGCGACGGACUCGACCGAUGCGCCUCCCGGGCUCUGGUCUGCCGAGUUGCGGCCAAGCAAUGGUCCGGAAAGUUCUGGAUACGGCGCCUCCACACAGUACAUGGACACCAUGCUGACCAGACUGCCGGCGUGUCUGGCUUCCGAUAUCUUCACCGUGAUUUCGGGGUACGUCCUGGUCUCGCCGUACGAAGCCGUUGCUCUCCGGCUGGUCGCGAGGUCCUACCGUGAGAGGAUGGGCCUCCCCACCUUUGACAUCCACGACACCAACAUCUUUAGCGGCAUGACGCUGAGAGGUGUCACCAACUUCCUCGGACUGGAGUUCUUGCAUCUGGUGAUUGCCGGCGAGCUGUGGGCUCUUAUCACGGGUCUUGCCCAGUGGUUCCACAUCACUGAAGAGGAGUGGAAACUGUUUAAUGAAAUUGAGGAGGCCGAGGCUGCGGAGGAACGAAGACGUCAAGGGCAAAUUUGA